AUGGCGAAUGUUAAACAGCUGCUCAAGAAAUCACUGGAUGAAUUAGUAGAGGAUGAACUAAAUGACUUUCAGUGGCAUUUAAUAAAUGACCAUGAAUGUAUUUCAAAAGCUGAAAUGGAGAAUGCAGACAGGCGGAGAUAAGAUAAGGUGGAUAAGAUGGUGUCUUGUUUUAAACCAGAAGGAGCUGUGAAGAUCACAAAGGACAUCUUCAAGAAAAUAAACCAGAAUCAAUUAGCUGAUCAGCUGGAGAAUACACAGAAGCAAGGUGCAGCUUCAGAGAACUGUAAAUCUCCUCCUCUUGAUUACACAAACACCAGCCGUGAACUAAAGGACAAAUUAAUGAUGGAAUAUCAGCAGAUAUUAAUUGGUAAUUCAGAGACGGGUCGCCAGAAGUACCUGGAUGAUAUUUACACUGAUCUAUAUGUGGUGGAAAAUGAGACUGGAGGAAGAGAGAAUAACCAUGAGGUGAUACAGAUGGAGUCAAAACACAACCAACAGAUAGCCAAGGAUAAACCACUCAAGUGUAAUGACAUGUUUAAAGUUCAGCCUGACACAGGUCGACAAAAUAGAAGAGUCCUGACACUGGGGAUCGCUGGAGUGGGAAAAACAGUAUCUGUCAGCAAAUUCAUCCUUGACUGGGCUGAAGGAAAAGACAAUCAGGAAAUAGUCUUCAUAUUUCCACUGCCAUUCCGUAGAUUGAAUCUGAUUAAAGAAGAAAAGUACAGUCUCAUAGGUCUGCUUAACAAGUUCUUCUUUAGAAGACCUGGAGGACUGAGCUCUCUUCCUGAAGAACAAGGUAAGGUCAUGUUCAUCUUUGAUGGACUGGAUGAAUAUCGCUUUGAAUUGAUCUUUACAGAGGAUGAUGGAAUUACAGAUGUUGAUAAAGAAAUGACAGUGAGUGAGAUAAUAACACAUCUCUUAAAAAGACAGCUGGUGUUCUCUUCCCUCAUCUGGAUCACAUCCAGACCAGCAGCAGCCAGUCUGAUUCCCCGAAACUACAUUGAUCAGAUGACUGAGGUGCGAGGAUUCAAUGAUGAGCAGAAGGAGCUGUACUUCAUCAAAAACAGCAGUCCUGAGGUUGCUGGAAACAUCAUCCGUCACAUUAAGAAAUCCAGGAGUCUGUACAUCAUGUGCCACAUCCCCGUCUUCUGCUGGAUCUCUCUCACUGUUCUUCAGCCACUGCUGGAUCAAGAGAGCAAUGAAAAAACACCCACAACUCUCACAGAGAUGUACAUCAACUUCUUACUGUCUCAAAAACAACAGAUGAAAGAAAAAUACAUCAAUGAUACUGAACCAGAAGCCAAUAACUGGUCUUUUGAUGACAUUGUUCUGAAGCUUGGGGAACUGGCCUUUAAACAGCUGGAGGAAGGACAACUGAUUUUCUACAAAAGAGAUCUGCAAAAGUGUGGACUAGAUGUCAAGAAAGGGUCAGUGUUCUCUGGAUUAUGUACUCGAAUGUUUCAGGAGGAAAACCCCAUUUCAGGGGAACAGGUUUACAGUUUUGUACAUCUCAGCGUUCAGGAGUUCAUUGCUGCUCUCUAUGUGUUUUUCACUUACAACAACAAGAAAGCAAAUCUAUUUCUUGAUUCCAGGAAAAAGGAACUGUCAUGGAAACUCUCUAAAAAGACCCUGUUUAAACUUCACAAGGAUGCAGUCGAGAAGACUUUACAAAGCAAGAAUGGACACCUGGACCUUUGCCUCCGGUGUCUGAUGGGUCUCUCACUGGAGUCCAAUCAGAGUGACCUGAUGAAGCUCCUGCCAGGGCUGAAGCUUGAAACUGAGAACAUCAAAGACACAACUGACUAUAUCAAAGAGAAAAUAGAGAAGGAGAACUCAGCAGAGAGGACCAUCAACCUCUUCUACUGUCUGAAUGAACUGAAAGAUGACUUUGUGAAGGAACUCCAAAAGAGUCUGAGCUCUGGAAAUCUUACAGAACAGGAUCUGUCCUCUGCUCAGUGGUCGGCUCUGGUGUUUGUGCUCCUGAUGUCAGAAGAGACUAAAGAGAAGUUUGAACUGCAGAAAUACAGAAAAUCUGAUGAAGCACUGGUCAGACUGAUACCAGUGGUCAAAAACACCACAAGAGCACUGCUACAGUGGUGUAAUCUCACUGUUCGGUCCUGUGAGAGUUUGUCUUCAGCUCUACAAUCCUCAAACUGUUUCCUGAGAGAGCUGGACCUGAGCAACAAUGACCUGCAGGAUUCAGGAAUGAAGCUUCUCUCUGAUGGACUGACGAGUUCAAACUGUAAACUGGAGACACUGAGGCUGCAGUGCUGUAAUCUCACUGUGAAGUCCUGUGAGAGUUUGUCUUCAGCUCUACAAUCCUCAAACUGUGUCCUGAGAGAGCUGGACCUGAGUAACAAUGACCUGCAGGAUUCAGGAGUGAAGCUUUUCUCGGAUGGACUGAAUAGUCCAAACUGUAAACUGGAGACACUAAGACUGGGCACAUGUAAUCUCACUGUUAAGUCUGUUGAGAGUUUGUCUUCAGCUCUACAAUCCUCAAACUGUGUCCUGAGAGAACUGGACCUGAGUAACAAUGACCUGCAGGAUUCAGGAGUGAAGCUUCUCUCUGAUGAACUGAAGACUGUAAACUGUAAACUGGAGAUACUGAGAUUGUCUGGCUGUAUGGUGACAGAGGAAGGUUGUGGUUUGCUGUCUUCAGCUCUAAGUUCAAACCCCUCACACCUGAGAGAGCUGGAUCUGAGCUACAAUCAUCCAGGAGAUUCAGGAGUCAAGCUGCUCUCUGAAAAACUGGAGGAUCCAAACUACAGACUGGACAAACUAAAUCUGGAUCAUGGAGGAGAAAAAAGGAUUAUAGCUGGACCAUGCAAAUGGGUCUGUUCUCUCACACUGGAUCCAAACACAGCAAACACUGAACUCAUUCUGUCUGAGGAGAACAGAAAGGUGGAGUGUGUGUGGGAGAAACAGUCGUACCCUGAUCAUCCAGACAGAUUUGAUUAUGAUCCUCAGGUGUUGUGCAGAGAGAGUGUGUGUGGAUGCUGUUACUGGGAGAUUGACUGGAAUGGAAGUCAUGUGUGUAUAUCAGUGUCAUACAAGAGCAUCAGGAGGAGGGGAAGAGGUGUUGAGUGUGCAUUUGGAUCUAAUGCUCAGUCCUGGAGUUUGCUCUGCUCUUCCUCCAGUUUCUCAUUCAGACACAAUAACACACACACUCGUCUCCCAUUAAAGUCGAUCAGCAGUAGAAUAGGAGUGUUUGUGAAUCACAGUGCAGGAACUCUGGUCUUCUACAAUAUCUAUAAAGACACAAUGAGACUCAUCCACUCAGUCAAGACCACAUUCACUGAGCCGCUCUAUCCUGGGUUUUGGGUUUAUUCUGGAUCAUCAGUGAAACUGUGCUGA